AUGGAGGGGCACCAAGGGAUCGGAAUACAAGCUGGUGUAACAAACCAUGGAUUCGCACCGGCAGGUACAGAUGUUCAACCGGCAGGUACAAAUGUACAACCCAAUGUUCAACCGGCAAUUAAGGGCGUCAUCGUUCCCAAACGAGAGAAAACUGCUGGUCGAGCCCACCGACAUGAUGACAGACGACAAAGGUUGACCCAACAACCAAAGACACUUGUGUAUAGUGGAAAGGGUAGUUGGAAGUCGUUUAAAAGCAAGUUUAACCGCUAUGUGGUGGUGAAUGAUUGGAGUGAAAGGGAGAAGAAGGAAUAUUUGUGCUUGUGUCUCACUGACACGGCGAGGGAUUACCAUACACUUAUUAUCGAUAAGACACCAAAUAUUACCUACAACGCAAUCAUGGAGAAAUUGGAGAGGCUUUUUGGUUGCCAGGAACUCCCGGAAACAGCUGAGAUUAAAGAGGGUGACCUCCCACUCGCAGAGAGCACGCCGAGAACAAAGGCAGUCCCUGAAGACAGUAACAAGUUCAGUAGUUUUUAUUCGUCUGGCUAUGUUACGGCUAACCAGUCUUUGGAAGUCAGCCCGGCCAGAGUACCUGUGAAGCAGCAGAUUGAUAUACCUGUUCAUUCACCCAACAAUCAGACAAGGGCAGGUAAUGUCACGUCUCGGGCCUCUGGUUCCAGCACUUCAUCCAUCUGCUCUGCGACAAACAAGGGCUCAUUCCGCACCAACAUGAGUUUCAGUCACAUGCAGGACAGCCUUUCAUCUGAUCUACACUCAGAGAUGGAUGAAGUUGAGAGGGACCUGAACGUCUCCAAGAGGGACCUGAUGGGCGUAUACAAAGACGUGAAACAAGAACGAGAUAAGUUAAAGUCGACGAUGAUUCAGUGUCAAGACCGCGCUUCCCGACAUAUCUCGGAGCUGAAAAAUCAGAUAGCCAUGGAACAGCAGGCAAAGAGAGACCUGGUGGUGAAAGUCAACCAGGAAAUAGAAGACAAAGUAGGGAUAAUAGAACUCUUGAAAGAGAGCAAAGAACAGCAGGCGGCUAUGCUCACUGAUAAAGCACGCGUUGACCAAGAAUUAAGGGAGCUGCAAGUCCAGUUUCAAAAACUGCAGAGUUCCCUCGAGAAGAAGUUACAACAACAGGUACAACAGGCACGGGAGAUGAGAGAACAGUUAAAGAAAGACAGACAGAUAGCUAUUGCAGAGAUGAAGCAGCAAGUGCAUGAGGAGAUGGAGAGAAAAGAUGGAGAAAUCUUAAGGUCAAGGUCAAAGGCACAAUCACUUGGUCACGAAAACAUGCAGCUGAAGAAAUGCAUUGAACGGUUGGAGAAAGCUUCAACAAAUCAGUUGGCGAAAGCUCGUGCAAUCUUCAAGCGUUUGAAAGCAGAGAAGUCGGAGGCCAUUGCUAAGAGGAAGUCGAGACUGACGGAGAACAAAAUGAAAGUGGAGAAGGAGAACCUGCAGAAGCAGGGCAAUGACUUCCAGAAUAGGGAACGAGAAAAAUACCAACUGCAAACGAGACUGGCAAAAAGUGAGGAAAAUUUCAGAAAGAUGAAUGAACAACACAACCACACAAUUCUGGAUAGAAGUGAGUUGGAUAUGUUGGUCCAUCAGAUGCAGGUUGAGGCCGAUAGCCAGAAGGAGGAAUACGAGAGACCGGUAGAUGAAGCUGGUCACAUGUCAGAUGCUAGUCUUGCCCAGUUGGCUGCGUACCAUGAGAAAGAUGAAGCUGAGAUGCAGACUCAGCAUCAGACCAGUGCGCAGGAGAAGGCUGAAGAACAUGUAGCAGACCAUCAGGAGGUAGUCAGUGGAUACAAGGCUCAGAUAAAGGCUGCUAGUGGAGACCAAGCGAGGGUCAGUGAGUCAGCCAGUCCGGCCACUGAGUUACAGAAGGCUCCGGUAGGGGGGCAAGUGCAGCUGGACAAACUCAUCAUCACACUGAACACUCCCAGAGCAGACCUUUUUGUUAAAGAGAAAAAGCUGGAGCAAAGUGGCAUGAAGUUCAGGACCAAGAUGUUUAAUCAUAGGGCAGGAGCAAGGAACGGCAAUCCUGAUGCUUUGUGCAGGAAAACCAUCGUGGAUGAUCGUCUAGAGUAUCAACUUGGUUAUGAGUUGGAUGACGUAGAUGAUGUGGUCCCCCUGUCAAAAUCAUGGAAAGAAAGACAUGAGAAGACACGGGAAGUAUGGGAUCCGGGUAUAGUCAAUACAAAGGAGGUUAUAAACAAGGUGUUAGAAAUCAAGAUUCUUAAAACUACCCUGUGCGGCUGCUGA